CUCUCUAUGCAGUGGCGGGAAGAGUCUACUAGGCACGUUCACCGUCCCUUUAUUUUCCGACGGAUUUUAAGUGCUUUUAACCCCAUUAUUUUAAAAAGGUGGAUGUUUUAAAAAGUGGAUUAACGACUUUUAUCUCAACCGUCCUCCUCGCGAUGAUUUCAUCGGCUGGCGUCCACGGUGAAAGUGGCAGCUACUUCGCGAACGGGGUCCUGGACGCAAAAACUCCUGGAGAGACAGGGUAGAGGUUGCGUCACGAUUUAGGGAAAAAGAAUCCUCCUGCCACCUCCACCUAUCACGUCCUAGAUCUAGUUAACAAUCAAGAAGCCACUGUGACGUCACCAGUGCUUGGAUGAGGGGUUCAUUUCAAUCCUGCAAAGAUCCAAACGAGAACCCCUCAGACGGACACCAACCGCUGUGGAGUGAACGUUGUCUUCAGCGUCGGUCUCCACGUAGAGAAACAAUUAGUGUCAAUUUCUUUGUGAGUAGAGACAUAAAAAAAAAAAUUAAUCUCGUCGACUUCUUUUAAUUUAACGUGUCAAUUUUCAAUUUGUUUGUGGUUAGAGACAUAAAAAUAAUCUCGUCGACUUUUUUUUUUUUAAUUUACCGAGUGAUAUUUGCCUGAAAUUCAUCUUCUACCGAGUUAUUUGUGCUGAAGGACGUGUGAAGUGGCUUUGAAUGAGGCUUAUUUGACGGGACAAAUCCGUUCAUACAUCAUACUCGACAUCCAGAGGGAUGCAUAUCACGUCCAGAGAGAUUUCCGCCAGUGCAAGAACGCAUUGGUACUGAACUGCGUGGCUAAUAACACGCUGUUGAACGAAUUUUGGCGCACGAGGAGAAAGGAGAUAUAAAAAAAAGACAGUUAAUAUAAUACGUCAUUGCUGCAACUUAGCAAAACACGACGCUCUAUUAAGACAAUAAACCCCCGUGAAAAUUACACCAAAGAUUUAUUGGACGAAAAACAGCUCGUGUCAACAAACAGCAAAGCAAAAUGAUGAGCUACAGGCAGUGGUUCGUGCUGUUCCUGAUAUACCUAGUGUUCAUGCUGGUUGGUUCAGUCGUGUUCAUGUACCUGGAGGUGGAUAACGAACUGGCGGACAGGCAAGAGUUGCAGGACCUCAAGAGGAAAGUCAUAGAUGUGGUGUCGAAUCUGCCGAACGCGACGAAAACUGACGUGGAGGCCAUACUCCUCGACGUAGGGCACAGCUGCGACCACGACUUCUUACAUCUCGUGGAGGAUGAACCGCUCACCUGGUCGCUGUGGAAUUCGUUCUUCUUCACCUUCACCGUCAUUACCACCAUAGGUUUUGGCCACAUGUCCCCAGCGACCGCCUGGGGGAAAAUUUUCUGCAUCCUGUACGCUACGGUGGGCGUCCCGCUCAACGGCAUAGUCAUAGCCACUUUGGCUGAUUUCUUCUCAGCAAAAGUGGUCAAUUCGCGCGUGAGAGCCAGGGCCAAGCGCUACCAGUCAUCCUGGCUGGCUGUAGCAGCCGAUACCAUCUGCUAUCUCUUGCCAGGAUUUGUCGUCUUCCUGGUGAUUCCUGCCGCCAUCUUGGUAGCAGUAGAGAAAGGAUGGGAUUACCUGGAUUCCUUCUACUACGCGUUCAUCACGCUCACGACCAUCGGCUUCGGAGAUUACGUGUCAGGCCGCCAGGAAACCGACUACGUACUUGUGUGGCUCUACAAAAUCAUAUCCUUUUUCUGGAUCAUCUUCGGUCUGGGGUACAUCAUCGUGACCAUCACAUUCAUUCAGAAGGCCCUGAAAUCUAAGAAGGUUCACAACAUCGAGCGAAGAAUGGCGAAGGUGCUCAAGAAACACGCCAACAAAAUGAAUUCCAAUGUCCACCACGAUCUCAAGCGCCUGAGGAAGGUCGUCAACACCAUUUCGGAGAUGCGAGACCAGGACGACUACCCGCAGGACGGCGAGAAAGCCAGAAACCAGAGCGAGGAGAAGAUGAGGCAGAAGGAGAAGCUCGCCCUGGAACUGGAAACUGAGCAAGAUGCGACCAGCCACGACAGGGCCUUCUAUUCGCACCAGAAUUCGCCUUACUCGAUCAGAGAGUCGCUGAAGCGAACUCGCUCCUCAUCGGAUGCCGGUAUCCCUCUGUCGAAGAGCGAAGGGUUCCUGGCAUCGAAUUCUCUGGGGAACUUCAACAUGUUCCUGGACAUGGUCGAGACCCUCCUGAGGGAACACGAAGCCGACGCCGCCAAGAGGGCAGACGACGAGGCGCGCCAGUUCAUGGACGACACGAGCAGCCGAGAAGACUCCAGCUCCGAGAACUCGGACGAAGAACCGCUGGAGACACCGACGGACGAAAAAAAACAGCGGGACGCGGAGACCGGUUUCAUCAACUUCGUCUGCACCGGUGACGACGACAAGAUCAUCUUCGAAAAGGACGGCGAGAAACCUCCUCAGAAGAGCGACGAAGCUCAGAAUUCGCAGCUGCACAGGAAGCUGAGUACUUUCCUUGGCAUUCCCACCUUGUCGAAUGACGUCACCUGCGUCUCGGCCAAGUCACUCCCGAACGACAAGAUCACGAAAGCCAGCGACCUCAUCGGGAUGAUGGAGAGCUUUGUGAAUCACCAGUCGGUGCCCGACCAGUACGACACUUUCACCGGUUUGGUCAAGGGUACCAACCGUGGCGUGAGUUCCACCGUCCCUGGGCGGUACAGGUUCAUCACGGAGUGCGAGAACAGAGUCCACCUGAAGGACGUGUUCCAGACGGACGCGGCGGCGGCGGCGGUGGUGGCUGCUGCUGACCCAGACGGGAAAACACAGGGCGAGGUGUCGAAUUCUCAAGACCAAGACGACCCGAAAUCGUCAUCAUCAUCAGCCAGCCCAGCCUAUGACGGCCGUCGCUGGUCUGUGAGUGAUCCCUGCGCUUCGCAAAACUCGAAAAAUGGUGAAAUUUUAUUCCAGGAGAGGAACGGUAUAAAGAGCGAACCGUUUCGACUUCCCAAAUGGGUUCAUAGUGAAUCGGACCAAGAGAACAAGAGUGAUUCUGAAGACAGCUCCCCCGACUACUCGCGUCUAUGAAAUGAUGAUGAUGACAAUGAUCUUACAUUGAGCAAGAUGAUGAAAAAGAAAAAUUGUUUAUAAACACCGAAUUCCGUCCACAUCGUUCGUUAUAAAAACAACAAUUUUUGUAUCCACAUCUUUACGGGUUUACUUGAUCAUAUAUUGCGGGAGCAGAAUCACUUACCUGUGGUGCUGCUCGCCGUUGAAUAACUUGGCAGGACAGUUGACAAUUACGGUUGUGAAUUCCGUUGUCUGAAGACUUUCUCAAUUGAGUAUGUUUACUUUCGCGCGGGCAAGAAGACGGUGGUGACGCCCCUGUAAACAAGAAAAGAAUUGGAUGAUGCUGAUGUAUAUACAAAUAUUUCAUUUCUCGUUGGUUUUAAUAUUAAAGUAUCACUCAGCAAUUUAGAGAAAAUAAAAAUCGUAUAAGAUGCGCUUUCAAUAAGUGAUAUCUCCGAUGUUCCUCGCAGUACCAAACUUGUUUCGCAUACUAAAAAAUAAAUAAAUAAACUCAAUAGGUAAAAAUAUCCAGUAGCAUUCAACGUUGUACAAAAUAGUAUGCAGACAAGUUUUUAUUAAUGAGUAUUUAAUACUCGCAAGUAUACGAUGAAUUGUCGACAAUGCAUAAUGUGCCUGUUUUGUUCUUGAUCUGUGUUGAAAGGUCCGACCCCUCGUCUUUAUCCUCCUUGAAUAUGCGGACCCUAAGUUACUUUUGUUUAUUCACUCGAAUUCAGAUAUUAUUUCCUCAUCCAUUAUUUACAGAAGGUUUUAUUGUCAAUUAUUGGCAGUAGUUCAGCGAAAUGAAGAUAGUGUAGAUAGGUAGUUGACUGUGGACUAGUAAAAGUUGUUUUUAGCCGAUCAAUGAUACGUUAGGAAGUAGAAGUAGCUGAAUGCAAGUAAUUUCCCAUUGGAUGACUGAAUCCCAAACCCUAUUUCGCCUGAUCCCUCGUGUUUCUUUCACCAGUCAGCGCAGCAUUGCAUUUUAGAAGGCCAGUGGUUUUAUGUUCUUAGUUAACGCUGUUGUACGCAUAGAAUUAGGGUAAUUCUAAGCCCUCAUUACGCGGUAAAGUAGACUAUGGCGAACGUCAACUGCCAUAGUCCACUUUACCGCGAAAUGAGGGCUUAGAAUUACCAGAGUUAGUUCUUCGAAUAAAUGAUGAAUCCUAUAUAUUCUCACGGUGAUGGUUAGUUCAGUGACGUGACACAAGCGAAUGGUUGGAGAUAUGGAGAGACUCCUUCAUAGAAAACGUAUAAAUUAUGAAGAUGGGGGAUAACUCGCCGAGUCUCAUUACCUCGCACCGAACUCCUGCGGUAUGCUGCAAUUUUCCAAGCGAUGAGUAAGCCUGGUAUGAAAGAGUGGGUGAAUUUUUAUAGGUUUAUUACCAGUAUCACUGUAAAAUGUUACUUGAGGCUUCGCUGAAAGCGUCAGAGAAUGGCAGACUGUGUUGGAAAGGGAAUCCUAGCGAUCUGUUAAAGCGGUGAUAUUCUCGUGCAGUCUAGACUCCUCAGGAAGACUUAUAUACAGUAUUCCAGUUGAACCGUGAAGGCCAGUAUCGUUUCAGACUAAGAGUCAUGAUGAUGUAGUCGUAUCUGGUGAAACAAUUAUACAACGCUGUAGUAUUCAUUUGUUUUUUGUAUGAGACUAUCCUCUCCCGCUGCCUCUUUUAAAUUAAACUGUCGGUUGGCGUCCGUUAUACCCGUCUUGCACCAAACUACUUAAGAUUUACCCCAAGUUUUAAGUUAUUUUUUUAAUCCCACGCUCAACCCUCGUCUUUGACUCAGACCUGGGACCGGGAUGAGUUAUCUGUUGUCACUGUUAUAAGUAAACCUUAAAAAUAAAUAAAUAAAUAAAUAAGCGGAGUUCAUAAGUGCUUAUAAUCAUGACCGUCAAUAUAGUAUAUUCCUCGCCACUCUAUAGGUGAGUGGGCCAUUGCGUUUAUUGUGAUAUGGUAUGAAUUUUUUAAUUGUAGAUGUUUAUCUUAUUAUUAUUAUUAUAUUAUUUUUAAGUUUGUCACAUUCCACUGUAAGCAGUAAAUAAAUAAUGUGAGAUAUAUCAUUCAGAAUGAUACAAAUUAUGUUAUGCAAUAUAUUGAUUUUAUAACAA